UUAUGACCGAUCCUGAGAACAAGCCUACCGUCACGGAGUCUUCAAAGGGAACCGAAGAGGAGGAUGUACCUCCAGCUUCGCCCGACGUUCAUUUUGAACCAAUUAUCAAGUUAGACGAAGUGGAAGUUAAAACGCUUGAAGAGGAUGAAGACGUACUGUUUAAAAU